AUGCGAUACCUGCAGGAACUGCCCGACGCCGAUAUCCCACACACAGAGAUGCCGCCUCGCUAUCACACGGGGCGGUUACCCAACAGCAAGGCAGGCGACGAUAAGCCGAGACUGCUGCUUAUGGGCCAGCCGAGGAGCGGCAAGUCGUCGAUAUCGAGUGUCGUGUUUCAUAAGUUGCCGCCGAGCGAGACGUUAUAUCUCGAGACGACGACGAGGAUCAAGAAGGAAUCUAUGCACUCCUUCAUGGACUUUCAAGUCUGGGAUCUCCCCGGGCAUGUCGAUUACUUCGAUCCGUCCUUCCACGUCGACCACAUCUUCGAAGAAAUCGGCGCUCUAAUCUGGGUCAUCGACGCGCAGGACGAAUACCUCGAGGCCAUCAUGCAACUCAACAAAACCAUCCUAAACCUGCAACACUCGUACCCCUCAAUCAACGUCGAGGUCUUCGUCCACAAAGUGGACGGCCUGAGCGACGAUUACAAAGCCGACACCUUCAGAGACAUCAUCCAGCGCGUGACGGACGAACUCAGCGAUCACGGCUACGAAAACGCGCCCGUCAGUUUCUACCAAACCAGCAUCUACGACCACUCCAUCUUCGAGGCCUUCUCCAAGGUCAUCCAGAAGCUCAUCCCCCAACUGCCCACCUUGGAAGCGCUGCUCGACUCGCUCUGCCAGAGCUGCCGGAUCGAAAAAGCGUACCUGUUCGAUAUCAUGAGUAAGAUCUACAUCGCCGCCGACACGAGUCCGACGGACGGAGGGAGCUAUGAGAUUGCGAGUGAUUAUAUCGAUGUGGUUAUUGAUGUUAGCGAGAUUUACGGGUGGGACAGGACUCUGGCUUUAGAGGUGGAGGAGGAGGAAAUCAGGGGGGAGAGUGGGUGCAACGAUGCGGAAAGUUUGAUUACCAUGGAGAGGAAGGGGAAUCACUACCUCUACUUGAGGGAAAUCAACAAGUACCUCGCACUCAUCUGCCUCAUGGGCGACGACAGCCCCGCGGAAAAGAAGGCCGUCAUCGAUUACAACGUCGGCGUCUUCCAGACAGCGCUCAAGCAAGUGUUUCCGCGCGCGGAGAGAGAGCCGCCGGGACAUCAUCACAGAUACGAGGGAGUGGAGUUCGGACAUGACGAACCGGCGGCAGUGGGGGUUGGGAGGUGA